AUGAAUCUGUUGAAUACCAAGAUAUCAAACCCUCUCGCUCUGCCUCUUCGAUUUCAGUAUAAUCAAAACAUUACCAAGACUAUCAGAUCAAUUCACAUGGGCUGUAAUCCCAAAGCAGUUGAUGCCACAGAGACCCUGCUCCUACCAACCGAGAUCAAUGAGAUUCUCCAUGGACAGUGGGUCGAAGGGCUCGCAGAGCAAAGGCUCAGAGCAGGCGCAUCAAGCGUGUUCUGUUUUGCGUCUGACGACGAUGUUUUGAAUACAGCUGUCAUUGCCAUUGCCAAAGAUCUCAAAACUGGUGUUGUUGGCUUUAGCGAAUACAAGAAAAAUACCACAAAGAACAAACAAGACGAUGCUGCAGUUGGUAAAUAG